AUGUCCAAGCUGCGGGUGGUUCAAGACGCGGAGAUCCCGCCCCACGUCCACGGGCACUGGAUGGCGGAGGGCGCGGGCCUCGCGGGCCUCCUGGUCCUGGCCUUGCCCGUGCACCGGACCUUCACCCCCUGGGGCCUGCUGUCCGGCGCCAUGUUCAUGGCCUCCAACGUGGCCACUUUUCCCGCCAUCCGAUCCCUGGGCCUGGCCGCCGCCUGCGCGGUGUGGAGCGCCACCGCCGUCCUCGCCUCCCUGGCCUGGGCCCUGCUGGGCGCCGGCGACCGCCUGCGCAGCCCGGCCCUGGCCGUGGCCGCGGUGCUGCUGCUCCUGGCGGGCAUGGUCGGGGUGUGCGCGGCGCAGGCCUCCGUGCCGGUGCUGCCCGUCGGCAGCAGGUGCCACGGCGACGAGGAGGCGGGCGCCGGGCCGCUGGCUCACGAGCCCCUCCUCUCCCCCGGCGCCGGGCCGCUGGCUCACGAGCCCCUCCUCUCCCCCGGCGCCGCCGCCAGCGAUGACGCGGCCGAUUCCACCAACAUGGGCAUGGGCGUGCUGCUGGCCGCCCCCCUGGUCACCCUGGCCCGCACCCGCCCCGCCGACAUGUUUGUCAAGGCGCAGAGCCCCGCGGCCAUCUGGCCGGGGGUGGUGGCGGGGACGGUGGCCUGGGCAUCGCGGUGGCGGCGGUGUGGGGCGUGGUAG